UCACUCAGUGUCGUGUUCAGGAUGAAAACCUUCGUGCUUCUAGUUGCUCUGUUCGCUGCGGCCAACGCCGACAUCGAUUGGUCCAAGGUGCGCCCGAUCGAGGAAUUCGAUCACUACUGGGCCCGUCUACCGCAGGAGUUGCAAAUCUACCGUUAUGCCACACCAUCGCAUCGUAUUGUCAAUGGACAGGAGGCCACCCCCGGUCAGUUCCCGUACCAGAUUGCCCUGUUGAGCAACUUCCCCACCGGAACUGGUCUGUGCGGAGGUUCCGUGCUUACCAACAACUAUAUCCUGACCGCUGCCCAUUGUGUCAUCUCUGGUGCUACGACUCUGGCUCUUGGAGGCACUGCCAUCAUCGGUGCCCAUGAUCGCAGCUUUGUGGAGCCCACCCAGCAGCGCAUUGAUUUCACGACCGCCGGCAUCAAUGCUCACCCUGGAUAUACUCCGACCAACAUCCGCAAUGACGUCGCUGUUGUGCGCCUGAACUCCCCGAUCACCUACUCCGACCGCAUCCAGCCUGUGCGUCUACCCGGUCGUUCGGAUACUCGUCAGUUCGGAGGAUUUACCGGAACCGUAUCUGGAUUCGGACGUACCUCGGAUGCCAGCCAGGCUACGUCGAACGUCGUGAUGUUCACGACCAACCCGAUCAUGACGAAUGCUGAUUGUAUCGCCAGCUGGAACGCUGUUCUCAUCGAGCCCCAGAAUGUGUGUCUCCACGGAGACGGUGGUCGCUCGGCUUGCAACGGUGACUCCGGUGGCCCGCUGGCCGUCCAGGAUGGUGGAAGCCUCCAGAUCGGUAUUGUGUCGUUCGGAUCUGCAGCUGGUUGCGCGAUCGGUAUGCCAUCGGUGUACGCUCGUGUGUCGUUCUUCCUGGACUUCAUCGAGUCCAACUCUGACUUCGUUGCUGCUGCUUAA